AUGGCGCCCACGAUGGUUACCCUAGGGAUUGAGCUGCUCAAGGGUGGUGAGCCGCCCGAGUCAUUCCUCGAAGGGUUGAUUAUUCCGCUAAGAAAAAGAGGAGACUCCCACGACGCGAUGGAGUUCCACCGUAUCACACCUCUACAAUUGGACACAAAGUAUUCACGAAAACAAUCGCUACGCGAAUGCAGAGCAUCUUGGACAAACCAUUGGAGCUACGCAACAAGUUUUGUCGAUGGACGACAGAUGCUUAAAAAAAUAGUGAUAAUGAUGCUAACCAUACGGGCGACAGCCAAGGCCGAACCUGGUUGGCAGCAUUGCAGAGUCGGGCGAUCUUACUGCUCGGCUUUCGGAAAGCGUACGACCCAGAAGUAUGGAGACUUCCUGUUUUGGCCCUGCGCGCUUCGGGUUCUCUUCUGGCUUCGCGAGUAUGAUCUGGAAAACCACGACUGCACGACAGCACAAUGUGUUGUCGACGAAGAACUCUCGGAAUCGCAAGCGAGUGAUAUCCGGAAUACGACAAGGCUGCGCUCUUGCACCGUUGCUUUUCCUUCUAUGCUUCCUUAA